ACGUUUGGCCAUCGCCUGAAGGACCAGAAAAAGGGGUGGGGCGGGUUUUCGCAUGAGGUGCGCGCGCGGGGACGCGCCCAGCGUGGGCGCGAGCGGCCCCGCCCACAGGCUCCCUGCGAGGAAAGAGGGAGCGGCACUGCUGGCUGCUGCGGACACCUUGACGGACUGACGGACGGACUGACGGAUGCUCUAAGGUAAAGAAGCGGGCGGGGAGGCCCUCGGGGGCCCGGGAGGGGAAGGCGGCAAUGCCUGCCGCCCACCCCGGCCUCGUCACGGUCAGCGGCCGCCCGUGUCCCCCCCCAGGGCCCGCGGAAAUGUCCGAGGCGAAGCAUCGCAAGAAAGCGGGCGUCAAGGGGGCGCCCCCUGAGCCGGGCCGACGUGGCGAGUCUGGGCAGCCCCCGGAGCCGGCCCGGGUAUCUGGAGACGGCGGCGGCGGCGGCGGCGGCGGCGGCGGCGGCGGCGGUGGUGGUGGUGGUGGUGGCGGUUGGGCAGACCCACGAACCGUGCUAUGCCUACUCUCCCUCGGGACCAGCCUGGCCUUAGCCUGGUUUGUAUUUCAGCAGUCAGAAAAGUUUGAUAAUGUGGAAAAUAAAUACCAGCUCCUGAAAUUGGAAGCCGCUGAAUUCCAUAGCCUUCAAAGUCAAGUCACUUUAAUUUCUGAAAAGUGUCAGAAGUCUGAAGCUAUGAUAAAACAGUUGAAGGAUUUUCAGAUCAUUGCUCAUCUAAAACGUCUUCAGGAGGAUGUUUAUAACUUGAAAACUUGGUCCAACAGGAUAACUGAAAAAAGAGAUAAAUUGAACAACAACAUGACAGCUCUGUAUCAAGCAGUUACAAACACAGACCAGAGUACAUCUUUCCUGGCAAAAGAGGUUUCCCUCAAGAUUUCAGCUGUCAAAACUGAUAUAAGGCGCAUUUCAGGGUUAGUAACUGAUGUAACAUCAUUGACAGAAUCUGUACAAGACCUGGAAAGCAAAUUAGAAAAAGCAGAACAAAAUACAGUUAAAAGCAUAGGUGACCUUCUUUCCAGUAGCAUUGAUCGAACAGCAAAACUAAGGAGUUUAGCAUCUGAAAAUUCUGAAAGAAUUCAGGUUGCUAACAAGAUGCUUUCUGAACUAGACAGUGAUUUCAGUAAGCAUUCAGAUAGGCUUUUAAACUUGGAAAGUGACAGGGCUAAAAUUCUGAAGACAGUGAAUUUUGCAAAUGAUUUAAAGCCUAAGGUUUAUAACCUCAAAAAGGAUUUUUCCCGUUUGGAACCAAUGAUAAAUGAUUUAACUCUACGAAUUGGGAGAUUGGUUGCUGACCUACUACAAAGAGAAAAAGAAAUUGCUUUCUUAAAUGAAAAAAUAUCUAACAUAACUAUAGUUCAAACUGAAAUUAAGGAUGUGAAAGAAGAAAUAACUAAAAUUUCAGAUAUAAAUUAAGUCAGGGGUUUUUAACCUUUUUUGUGUCAUGUUUUUAAAUCCAUAAACAUACAUAGGAUUACAAAGCAAACUAAUUUAUAUUGAAAUUUAUCCCCUGCCAAAAAAUUUUGAAUUUGUGUAUGCUAUAUUCAGAACCCCUGAAUUGUUUUUAAAUUAAGUUACCUAAAUUGAAAAAUCCUGAAAAAUGGAGCCUUAGUCACAUUACACACUGAUAAAAAGUAAUUUAAAUUUAAUAUUUAAAAUAUUGGAAGCUUCUGGACUUUCUUGUGUUGGAUAAAAUGUGUCAUAAAAUAAAAAAUAUUUUUUAGUGAGCUGUGUAACUAUUGAUUACUUAAGUUUUUCAGCAAGUAAGCAUGUACUUUCAUGCUUAUAUCCAGGGGUCAGAAUGCUAUUGGGAGACUUUAGUAACUACUGAUAGAAUUGAGUCCCUGGCAUGACUCUCCUCCUCGCCAUUGCUGGCUGGAGAGCUGUGGAAUGCCUCGGCCUCAUUACAUGACUGCCACCUUCCAACCCAGCAUCUCACUUUGUUCUCGGAGCCAGAGCAGUGUCUAUGUAUUAGCUUGAGCUACCUGGUCAUAACUAGAAGACGGUUUCAGUUUAUCAGUCAGUGAGCCCUUGGUGAGCUUAUCAUCUGGUUGGCUUGUGGCUAUGCAGAAAAUGGGAAGGUGGAUGAUGAUGAAAGAUUUCAAGUAGAAGACUAACAGAAAACUAUGAUUUAUUCAUGAGUACAAGAUGUCAAACGGGGCCCCGCGUUUUACCUCCUCCUGAAGAUUUAGAUAUCUUGAUUGAAGUAGUCUGUUUGUUGUGAAACGUGAUAGUUGUCCAUGUGAACUCUUAAGUCCCUUGGCUGGUCUGUAAAACCGGAAUUAUUCUUCACGCCUUUAACCCGCAGCGCAUCCCACCGCCAAAAGGCCUUUCUGCUCCUUUCAGUCACACCUCCAUUUCUGGACCCAGGUCCUAGAGAGCCGGCAUCUUGGGUAGAGCAAGUGGUUAGACGGAGGAGAUCAGGACGUCUCUGGGGCCGAGCCUGGCGCGAGUCAUUUCAGCCUCCUUCGGGGAGCUUGGUCUGCUUGAGCACGCCCUUGCCCCGGCCCCACACGGACUACAGAAUAGAUGAGGCGAGCAAGCGCCCAGCCCUUUAACCCUUGAUCGCGGGGCAGGUCAGACUCCUCAGAGCACCCUUUGCUCUACAUCUACAAGAGAGUACUUUAGAAAGUCACAAAAGAGACAGGCAGGUCCAAGUCUCCUUAAACUGUCUUGUAGACUUAAAAUCGGAUAUUUGUGCAGCCCCGCCCCCUCCUCUGGUCCCUGGCCGUCGGGAGACUCUUCUCAACAAGGCCCUAGAGCACAUGGCCAGCUCCAUGAGGGCCAGCCCAGGCCUGCCCAGCGAGGAUCAUCCCCAAUUUCCUGAUCACCCCUGCGGCUCCCCUGUGGGCAUGCUGUGCAAAAAAGAAGGGGAUUCUAACAAGUUCUGGCCCCUCUUGGGAAAGAUAGGCAAAAUGUCAUGGAAGCAUUUUGAGCUCAUUGACAACUUUUCAAGAAGUUUUGGGAUGUCAUAUUUAAAACAGUGUGAAAUGCAAAGGCGUGAAUACUGUGUCAAACUGAUCUCCAAAGGAUUUUGGGUUUUUGAACUCCUCAGAUCUUACUGUUAUAUGUGAGAAUUUGUUUUGCUUGACUGUCUGUGUUUGUAAUGAGUUUUGUUUUCUUGGCCUUCGAGGUGAGAAGGAGAGAAGGCUGAUCUUUGUUCAAAAAUAAAGUCAAACCUAAUGUAAAAA